AUGGAAUCUAGCUAUGACAUGGUGGUAAUCGGCUCCGGCCCCGGCGGGUAUGUAGCCGCGAUUCGGGCCGGGCAGCUUGGGAUGAAGGCCGCCGUGGUGGAGAGGGAGGCCCUGGGAGGUACAUGCCUCAACUGGGGCUGCAUACCAACCAAGGCGCUGCUCAAGAAUGCGGAGAUCGUUUCCUACGUCCGCCGGUCGGAGGAAUUCGGCCUGAAGUUUGACGGCUUCCACGCCGACUAUUCAGUGGCGAUGGCCCGCAGCCGGCGCGUGGUUGACCGCAACACCCGCGGCGUUCGCUUCCUCCUUAGAAAGAACAACGUUGACCACAUUGUAGGUACGGGCAGGCUGGCCGGGCCAAACCGGGUGGCCAUUGAUCCCGAGGGUACGGUCAUAGAGGCCAAAAACAUCGUCAUCGCCACCGGCGCACGCCCCCGUUCCGUUCCAUCACUGCCCGUUGACGGGGAACGGAUCAUUACCAGCCGUGAGUCCAUCGUGCUGACCGAUCUGCCGUCUUCCAUGGUGAUCGUGGGCGGCGGGGCCAUCGGCGUUGAGUUCGCCUACGUCUACGCCAUGUACGGCGUCGAGGUAACCGUCGUCGAGUUGCUGCCCCGGCUGGUUCCCAACGAGGACGAGGACAUCAGUGCGCAACUUGAGCGAUCGUUCGGCUCCCACGGGAUCAAGAUCAUGACCGGAGCGGCGGUUACCGGUGUACAGACCCGGGCCGAUGGCGUAACGGGUCGGUAG